AUGGCAAAAAAGAACGUGCACAGAAAUACAACCAGCGGAACUGAUUCUUCAUCAUCUGAUGAUGAUGAAUUUGCAGAACAGAAAGACGAGAUAGUUACGAAGCUACUUCCAGCACUUCGCAAACUGGUUGAUAAAAGAUAUAAAGUAACAAAUAAAGAACUAUUAGAUAUGCUUUAUGGACGUUGGCACUCCCGCCAUCGAGAAUAUAAUAUUAGAAUCCAAGGCGAAGAAAAAAUAAAGAAUAAUAAAAGAAGAACUGCGAAAAACUCAAAGAUGCAGGAUAAAAAGAAAAGAAGAGUUGUUGAAGCGAAUUAUCUUAUUAAAAACAAUGACAAUUAUAUUAAUAGAAACAAAAUACCAUUAAGAAGAAUGGGAAGAGACAGACCCCAAGGGCGAAUGGCCAGUCACAAUACAGGCGACAAAAUAGACAUUAAUAAUCAGGAGUUGUGGCUGGAAAAAGAGUUAAUUGUAAAAGAAGCGGUCAAAACAAAAACAACGUCUAUAUAUAUAUAUGAUAAAUGGUGGCGCUCCCCAGAACUUCGUCUUUUAUUACAUAAAAGAAUCGAUCCAACGGUCAAUUUGUUAAGAACGAAACAAACAACUUUAAAGUACAAAAGGAUUGAUGGUAAUAUACAAGAAACUGGCGUGUCACCUAAUGGAGCACCUAGUUGGUGUCUAAAUAAAGCAGCACUUGAAAGGCUUAAUCGCUCGACUGAAGUACCAAUUUAUGACUGA